AGGCACAAAACCGGAUGAAGAAACAGGCGGACACUCACCGCAAAGAAGUGGAAUUUCAGGUCGGGGAUAUGGUUUUCCUCAAGCUUAGMCCUUAUCGACAGAAAUCCUUGGCCAAGAGGAGGAAUGAGAAAUUGGCUGCCAAGUACUUCGGGCCCUAUAAAAUACUCCAGAGGAUGGGAAUAGUGGCAUACCGUUUAGAGCUACCAGCAGAAACAGUAAUCCAUCCAGUCUUCCAGGUCUCUCAACUAAAAAAGGCUGUGGGAACCAACAUUCCAAUCCACCYGACUCCCCAACAGCUCACAGAAGACUGGGAAUGGCGUGCCGAACCGGAGGAGGUCUUUGCCACUGGAAUCAACGGGGACACGGGACUGCCCGAGGCAUUGAUCCAUUGGAAAGGCCUGCCAGAGGAGGAAGCUACAUGGAAAACGCUCUUUGAUAUGCAGAACCAGUUUCCAGAUUUCCCCCUUGAGGACAAGGUGGAGCUUACGGGGGAGGUAGUUGUUAGGCCUCCCAUUGUGAAGACUUAUCAUAGGAAGGGUAGAAAGGGAAUUGUACUAGGUACAAUAGAAUGAUGGGGGAAUAAAGAGGCUAACGGUUUGGGGUAGUGGGACCCAUAGCUGGUGGGACCUAAAUCGUGUAAUAGGGCAACGUGUAGUAGAAAAGGGUAGGAAAAGGUAGGAGGAGAUCAUCCUAGUUUUGAGUGCUGUGAAAAGGUUAGGGAGAGAAUACCCACCCUCUCGAAUAGGUGGGUCAGCUUUGUACUGCCCACGGGCAUUUGAUUCUACGUUUUAAUACCAAAAGUGAGGCUAAUCCUCACAUUAUACCCUGCCCCUUUAUAUUUUUUCUUCUCCUGACUUCAAAUGUUGUUUUAAUUGGGUUACUCUGAAAUUUUUUAUUUAGUGUUUUGUGUUGUGGGGGUAAUGAUUUGAGGUUUUUAAGGAUUGUAAUCAAAAUACUGGUAUAGUUAGAUUAAAGAACAGUUUAUCUCAGAAUGCAGAUUUAUACCCAUAAAAAAAUUCUGAAGGCAUAUAUGAUGCAAUAGAGAAAUAAAAGAAAGAUACUAGUGCAUGCAUGCACUCUAGGCUAUCUGCAUGGGUUUAGUACAUGCAAGUCUGAGUGUGUUUAUUUGGACAUGCAUCUUUUGUUCAUUUGAGUUUCGAUUGCUUGCACUUUUUGGAUAAUGUUAAAUUAGUA